UGAAACUGGAUUUUUCGAAAAUACGAUUCAGAUAUGAGACUUAGUGCUGUGUGAAAUAUUAAUAUAACUGUGCAGUGCGAGUUGAGUGUGAGAAAAACGGUGAAUUGUGCGAGGAUUUGUGGCGUGUGUUCUCGUUACCGACCGAGCUAUAUCCCGAGGGAGUCAUUCCAGGAAUGUAUCGCAAUACUUGUGCCAAUGACAUACAGUAGUAAUGAAGAAAAUAUUGGUAGAGAUAACAAAAAUGGCAUAAUAGGAAUGUUAAAAUCAAUUCUAAAUACAUUACGCAGAGAAUAAAGAAAUGGGGCCACAAAGGUGAUAUUCACAGAAAAUGGCCUACAAUAGACUGCCGCUACACCUUUGCAAUUCAAUAAAACAGUACUUUAUUCAGAAAAAUAAACUAAAUAAUUUAAUACUUGUAAGGGAAAAUACUUGUUGGAGAAAGUUACAUUUAUGCGCAAUAGAAAGAAUCAAAUUAAUUUUACUGCUAAUUUUAUUGUUGAGUCAGAAUACCGACGGGAAUAGCUUUGGGAGUGGUAGAAAUUCUAUGUUAAGGACAAGGAUUAUAGGCACGAGAUACGGAAAAUUACAAGGAGUAAUAUUACCAAUGGAUCAGCAUAAGUAUCUGAAACCCGUGGAGGCUUAUCUUGGGGUACCGUACGCCACACCACCAACGGGAUCUAACAGGUUUGCCCCAACACGAGCUCCUGCACCGUGGGAUGACGUGAAGACUGUAGAUCAGAUGGGCCCGGUCUGUCCUCAAAGGUUACCAGAUGUAUCGAACGAAACUCUCGCUUUGGAGAGGAUGCCCAAGGGCAGGCUGGAGUAUUUAAGAAGAUUACUACCACGCUUGAAGAACCAGAGCGAAGACUGCUUGUACAUGAACAUUUAUACACCAGUUCAAGUUGGUCCAACACUCCAAGCAAAAUACCCAGUCGUCAUAUUCAUUCACGGCGAAUCUUUCGAGUGGAAUUCUGGCAACGUGUAUGAUGGUGCAGUUCUUGCGAGCUACGCUGGCGUGGUUGUCAUCACCAUCAACUAUAGACUUGGAAUUUUAGGAUUUCUAAAUGCAAACCCUAUACCUCACUUAAAGGCUCGGGUAGCGAACUACGGACUUAUGGAUCAGAUAGCAGCUUUGCAUUGGGUGCAACAGAACAUUGCACUAUUUGGAGGGGACGCAGGCAAUGUCACGAUGUUAGGGCACGGCUCGGGUGCGGCGUGUAUUAAUUUCCUUAUGAUUUCACCCACUGUUAUGCCUGGUUUAUUCCAUCGGGCAAUCCUCCUGUCGGGAUCCGCAUUAAGUUCAUGGGCUUUAGUCGAAGAUCCUGUGAGUUACUCCGUCCAACUUGCCAAGCAAGCUAACUGUACACUCCCUGAAGAUAUAGUCAAAGACCAUGAACUUAUAGUCGAUUGCUUACGAGAAGUACCUCUUGAAGAACUUAUGUCAGCAGAAAUAAGCACUCCAAGUUAUUUAACAGCAUUCGGACCAUCAGUUGACGGCGUUGUAGUCAAAACUGAUUAUGCAAAAGAGUUGCUCACAUUCUUUAUACCAAACGAUCUUCAAGGGUUCACUAGCGUAUCAGGGGUCAACAACGUCAAAGCCGACAAAAGAAGUGGGGAUAGAAUAUUUGGUAUACGAGGAGGUCAAAACAAAUACGACCUUCUAUUUGGAGUGGUUACUAGUGAAGCGCUUUGGAAAUUCUCGGCUCAGGACAUACAAAACGGGUUUGAGGGUGAACGGAGGGACAGAAUAAUAAGAACGUAUGUGAGAAAUGCAUAUACAUAUCAUUUAAGUGAAAUUUUCUUCACAAUAGUCAAUGAAUACACCGACUGGGAGAGAACAGUUCAGCAUCCAAUUAACACAAGAGACGCAGCGGUGCUAGCAAUAUCGGACGCCCAAUACGUAGCGCCUCUGGUCCAAACUGGAGAUUUUCUGAGCGUAGCCAAGAGUUCUCCGGACUCUGGUCCAAACACAUUCUUCUACGUAUUCGACUAUCAAACUAAAGACGGAGAUUAUCCACAGCGCAUGGGAUCAGUUCAUGGUGAAGAGUUGCCUUAUCUCUUCGGAGCACCAUUGGUUGAAGGAUUGGGUCAUUUUCCAAAGAACUACACCAAGUCCGAAGUGGCAUUGUCUGAAGCAUUCAUUUUGUAUAUGGCGAACUUCAUAAGAACUGGGAAUCCCAAUGAGGCUCAGCGGCAGGAGGGCGUUCUUCCAAUAUCCAGAGAAAGGAAUCGAUACAAAAGCAUCGUUUGGGACGAGUACGACACAUUACAUCAAAAAUAUUUGGAAAUAGGCAUGAAGCCGAGGAUGAAAAACCAUUACCGAGCCCAUCAACUGUCCGUGUGGCUACGGCUGAUCCCCGAAAUCCAUAGAGCGGGAAUGAAGGACGUGGUUGCGAAGCACAACCUUUUUCGUAACCACAACGAUCCGGAGCUAUACGACGGUCUGGUCCGCCCUGAUCCACUGACUCGUGCGAACUAUUACGACCCGACUUUGGAACUUUACCGCAAACCUAUUUACAACGUCACUCUAGAUAUACCUUCCACGACAAUGGACACUUACGUCACGACUUGUAUAAGCGUUAUGUCGGCUCGACCGGGCUCGGCAGUCACUCAGAGUCAUACUCCAAAUAAUACCCAACAAGACGUCUCUAAUUUAGAAGUGGCUGGGUACACUGCGUAUUCGACUGCCUUGAGCGUUACUAUUGCUAUAGGCUGCUCCCUCUUGAUAUUAAACGUAUUAAUCUUCGCCGGGGUUUACUAUCAGAGAGACAAGACUAGGUUGCAAGUGAAAGCGUUACAACAACAGCAGAAGAGGAAUCAUAACUCGACUUUCGACAGUGUGUCUUCGAAGCAUCCACAUUAUUUCGUCGGUCAUUCUCAAAGUUCCAGCACGAUUGUCGACAUAGAUCAUCAAGAUAAGAACGCAAUUAUAGCGAUGACAAACAGAGUUCCCCAUUUUACGAGUUCGAAUUGCCCUAACGUGUGUCAUACGGGUAUUCAAAUGUCGAAUUUGUCGCAGAAACCAAGUCCACCGUCUACUAGAGGGGGUCAAUGUACGACUUUGCCAAGAAAAGUGGGGUUCAGCUACCAACAGCAGAACCAGAUAUGUAACGCGUCGAAUUGUAUGACGCUUCCGAAGAAUGCUACUUUUAUGAGCAGCGCUAGUAACCUGCCCGACGUUCAGGCACAGACUGGGCAGUCCCAGGGUCCUGGGAAUGGGUCAGUGCUCCCUCCCCCCUCUUCGCCCCCCUCCCAGCAUUUCUCGCAAAAGUCUAGAGUGCCCCAAGCGGCCAUGUCAGAAAUGAACGUAUGAGAAAUGGAGGAUAUUUACAAUUAUGUGUAAGUUAUACAGUGAUAUGGACACGAAGUGUAACUGCUAGUUAAAACAUGGUUGUAAAUAUCUAAAAAUGAACAAAAUGUAAAUAAUGUAUUAAUGUUUAAAUACAGGUACAAUGUUUUAUGAUUAAUAGGUGUAAUAUAGCCAGUAUAUAGUGUUUUGAAGGAUAAAGAUAUACUGAUCUUUUGAAUCCUUAUUAUUGGUUGAAAUUGUCUAUGUAGCUCACUAUUAUAAAUAUAAUUUAGAAUU